GUUGUGAUGUGGAAGACGUGGACUUAAGAUGACCUGAAGCCAAUCUAUAGGGGACAAAAUACAGUAGCUCCUCUCCAAGAGGAAGAAUAACAGCUGCCUUAGUGAGUACUCCAUAGAGAAAAAUGGAGGGACCACAUCCAGCACGCCUUAUACUAGGAGAAGGAUCAGGAGUUGGAAAAUCCUCUCGGGCCCUCCAGGCUGGGGCAAUCAGUGAGUUCUUGAGGUGGGCCACACCACCAGGAAGCAGAAUCGAACGGCAGGAAGGAAUUCCAUCCCAUGGGGAAGCCCAGUGGCAUGAAAUCUUGAAGACUUCUCACUCAGGAUGGGUAAAUUCCCAGUUCGCAGAAUUGCCUCCUUGGGAUGACCUGUCCACAUUUGAGCGGGUAGCUGAUGUGUAUCAGUGGCCACUUAAGGAAGGCAUGGCCAAACCAGUGCCAAAUCUCAGUGGAGAAACACAGGCAGCCUUUAAUAGCCUAGAAGCCAGAGAGAGAGGAGACUACGGCAAAGUGAAGGCCAUUGCUCCACAAGUAGACUCCAUUAAUGCAGAGAAGCAGCGUCAGCAUUUCAGGCAGUUCCGCUACCAAGAAGCUGAGGGGCCGCGGGAAGUAUGCCUUCGGUUGCGUGAGCUUUGCCAUCGUUGGUUAGAGCCGGAGAGCCGAACCAAGGAGCAGAUCCUGGAGCUGCUGAUCAUGGAACAGUUCUUGACUAUUCUUCCGAAGGAAAUCCAAAGCCAAGUUCGCGAACGUGGACCAGAGACCUGUGCCCAGGCUGUGGCGUUAGCAGAGGGUUUCCUGUUGCGGAAGCAAGAGAGUGGGAAACAGGAACGACAGAUAUCAGCCACCAUCCAAGGAGGUGCAAAUUGCUCUGAGACCCAGCGAUCCCCAACCAAUGCCAGACCUAGGCAAAUCUAUAAGGAAGCCAGACAGCAGGAUAAUGGGAAUGUGACCUCACUAGGUGCCAAGUUUUUGGGAAGAGCUGGACAAUACUUCCAGUGCCCAGACUGUGGGAAAAGGUUUAGGGGAGAGGAAGAACUGCGAGCUCACGGAGGCAUCCACAGGAAGGACAGACCUCAUGCCUGUUCUCAGUGUGGGAAAAGAUUCACUCGCCCGUCAGGCCUAGCCAAGCACCUAAAAACUCAUUCAGGAGAGAAGCCCUACCACUGUGGCCAAUGUCCCAAAAGCUUCAUUCAGAUGUCGCACCUCACUAGGCAUCAGAGAAUCCACACUGGGGAGAAGCCCCACCCGUGCGCUGAAUGUGGGAAACGGUUCAACUGCCCAUCAGACCUGGCCAAACAUCAGCACAUCCACACAGGGGAGAAGCCCUUCCGCUGUGCUGAAUGUGGGGCAAGAUUUAACCAGUUCUCCCACCUCACAAUGCAUCAGAGAAUCCACACAGGAGAGAAGCCCCACGCCUGCAGUGAAUGUGGGGAAACGUUUAGCCAGCGGGCACAUCUGACCAGUCACCACAGGAUCCACACAGGAGAGAGGCCUUAUCGCUGCAACUAUUGCCAGAAGUGUUUCAGUCACCUUUCCGCUCUCACAGUACACAAGAGGAUCCACAUGGGCCAGAGGCCUUAUGGCUGCCCUGAAUGUGGGAAAAGGUUCAUAGCUUCCUCUGCCUUAACUAGGCACCAAAGGACCCACUCUGAAGAAAGGCCUCACACGUGCAAUGAGUGUGGCAGGAGGUUCAACCAGCUCUCUCACCUUCAUAGGCAUCGAAGGACCCAUUCAGGUGAGAGGCCCCAUAGCUGUACCGAGUGUGGGAAAAGAUUCAACCAGCUCUCCUCUCUGACCAGGCACCAGAAGAUCCACACAGGAGAGAAGCCGUAUUCCUGUGAGGAGUGCGACAGGAGGUUUAUCCGACUGGCUGAUCUCAUAAUUCAUCAGAGAAUCCACACCGGAGAGAAGCCGUAUCGCUGUACGGAAUGUGGGAGGAGGUUCAGGCAGAGACAAACACUGGUCAAACACCAGAGACUUCACCCAAUAACAAAUUCAUAAUGUAUACGUACAUAUAUGAAAUAAAGCUAAGUUCUCCUGUCUUUGGGUUUAUGUCCAACAAAUGGAUAUUCUGAAGCCUCUAAAAUGUUUAAAAGAACAGCAAGAGAGAGAUGUAAUUUCCGGUAUCUCACAUUCUCCUGUCAUCCGAUCUGUUCUUUUUGGUCCUACCAAGGAAACAGUUUUUUUUCCAGCAACAAUUUUCAAAACUCCCCCUACACAAAAAAGAGAGAAUUUUUCAGUCAGUUUUAUCGUCAGAUGGCCACACAUGUACCGGAAGGGGCUCUCUUACAUUCUGAAGGGAAAAAAAGGAUCUAUGGCUUUCCAAACAUUUUGGCUUCAGCUCUGUUUUUAGAUCUGGAAUGGGACUCCAGAGGAUAACUCCGUAUCUGGAAGUAAUGUAAAGUUGUUCCUCCAAUACACACUUUUGUGCAAGUAGCACUCAAUUAACUUGAUUACGUAAUGAUCAGCUGACCGAAUCCUGUUGCAAAUUGGCUGUACAGUAGUCCUUCUGUACGCUAAGAAUUGAAUGGUGUAAGGAACCAUCUGGGUUUGGUGCACCUGCUGCACAUGCCCACCCUAGAAGACUGGACCUUCUCCUUAAAAUCCUGUGGGGGAAAAAAUAAUUCCACUUUGAGGCAGGGUACAUUGGCAUCCAGUGUUAGAGUUCACCUAUGAAAUAUGUCAUGGGCUUACAAAAUGGGCUGAAUGUGUUCUGCCUUAAUCAUUUUAGCACUGGUAGAAUAAGAGAAAAGGGCCUUACAGAUAUAUGGGUUGUCUUGUUGGGUUAGCGAAAGGCUUGUCUAGUCCACGAUCCUGUUCCUGAUGGUGGCCAGCCAAAUGUGUUCAAGUACCUCACACUGACCAUGGUAAAUGGCUGAUUGUCCUUAGCAUCUGCUGUGAUCUAGCUUCCAUGUUAGGAGGUAGAAUUCCCAGGUAUUUGAACACCUCUCCUGUUCAGAAGUCAAGUGAGAAUGGUUCUGGACUCUGGGAUUGUUGCAUUUUAUUUAAGAAAGUGUUUCAGUCUAAAACAUUUCCCUACCAGUCUGUGUGCAAGUUCAAGAAUGUAGCUAUAGAGGCAUGUGCUUAAAGAUAAUAUUUUGAAGAAGGAAGAAGAAACUUGAAGUUGGUUGAUGUGCUUUAAGGGCUGGAGGGAGACAAGCUGAGGUAUAUCUUCAAACAGAAUCUUCCAGCCAGCACAAGAGCAGCCAUGUUGGCUAGGUUAUUCUGGGAGCUGUCGUCUUGAAAAGUAAUAUUUCUAGGCUCUGUCCUGGAGCCAUGUGAGGGGGUGGGGUGGGGAACAAUUACCUGUCACAUUGAGGGGUGGACUGAGGAAUCACUGAAAACAGCUUUCCUUAUGAAGUGAAAUAAAUAAAAUGGCUAGCUGCAUUUCUGUGGUAAUGAAUUAUUAAAG